UUCUAUCACAAAAUGUACGCAGCAAACCAUUAUAGUUGGCAAUAAGUCUACGUGUUGCUUAGGGUCUUUUAUUUUGACACUAGACUCGUGAAUUCACGUGACGUAGACUUUCAGUCUGAAACAUGGCUUUUCUUACAGAUGAUCAGUUCACUGCUUUGCAACUGCUGUUAAAGGCUCCGUCUAAAGAUGUUGUGCGGCAGAUCUGCGCUGAGAGUUACCCAGCCGGAGCCUCCAAGCGUCAGUCUUUAAUCGACAAAACUGCCAAUUCUCUGUCUGUUUCCAGCAGUGAAGCGAUACAGUUGCUGACAGCUUUUCACACACUCUCGCAUGAUGUUGUGUACCAGAAUCUGACCUCUCCAGAACAGAUCCUGUCAAUUUUCCCUGAAUCAUUCCACUCAAACCUAAAGAAUCUGAUCACCAAAAUUAUCUUGGAAAACAGUGUCACAUGGAGAAAUGAUGCUUUGUCAAAUCAAAUUUCACUGCCAAAGCUGGUUGAUAUGGAGUGGCGAGUGGACAUGAAAACUGCUUCGGACUCCUUGAGUCGAAUGGCUGUGCCAACCUGUCUGUUGCAAAUGAAACUCCAGGACACUCCGUGCAUUAGCAGCGGUUCAAGUGAGUCCACAAUUACAAUGGAGCUGAGUAGAGAGACACUGGACACCAUGAUAGACGGUUUGGGUCGCAUCAGGGACCAGCUGACUGCAGUGGCAAGGAAGUAGACCAGAAUGACAGAUGUUGCCACUACACCUUUCUGUGGACAUUCAGAAAAAUGUUUGUUUGUUUUUUCCUUUUUUUUUUUAUGCAAAAAAACAAUGGACAUUAAAAUACAAAGAAUUGUAAACUGGGUUAUCUGAUUCCUUUAGUUGGUUCUUGUUUUAAAAUGCUUUUUUUUCAUAUAUCUUUGUUAUAUAAAAGUUGCCCCUUGAUGUUUUUUUUAACUAAAUAAAAUGCUAAGCUAGUU